AUGAGCAACAAAAGAAUUACUAUGGUAUGUUACACAGAUGAUGCAGCACUUAUUGCCGAAUCAGAAGAUGAUCUUCAGAGACAGCUCUUUCAGUUCUUUCAAAUAAGCCGCCAACUAAAUAUGAACAUGUCUACCAACAAUACUAAAUGUAUGUCAACAGCAAAAUAUCCUCUCCGAUGUAAGUUAGUUGUUGAGAACAACCCCAUAGAACAGGUGAUGCAAUUCAGAUAUCUGGGCAUAGAUAUAUCAAGCGCCGACGACCCAGUAAAGGACCUGAGGAGUCAGAUCAACAGAGCAUCUGCAUUGUCAAGGGGUCUGAGGGGGAUAGUCUGGUCAAAUCCGUAUAUGGGCCCAGAUAGUAAAAUCAGAAUCUACAAGACUUAA